UCAACACGUUCGGUCUUGUCCUUUCAGGUGACUAAGCUACUCCGUGAGUGCUCCCUUGGAAUCCUUUGGCCCCCUUUUUUUUUUUUUUUUUGUCGUCCAGGUAAGUAGCGGCCACGAUUCACUAUUCCGGCCGCCCGGCACAGCCAAUCGUGGCAUCAUAUACUGUUCUUUUCAGGUGAACCAGGGAUAAUCUCGGCUUCGCCAGGUCGCUUCCGUCCCCUCUGUUCACGGCAUUAACAGCUCCAGCAUCUUAAGGUAAGGUUAUAAACCACGCCCAGUAAGGGGACCUCGCGUCCUCCGGCCUCGCCCCGACGCUGGGCACCUCCGUCCCGCCACGCGCUUCUCUCUGUAAUACCACCCGCACCCACCUCGCUUCCCCCUCCAGCUUUCCUUUCCCCUCUUCGUUUCAGCUCCAACAUGUCCCACGUGUCCGACAUCGAGGACGCUCUAUCGAUCGUGGAGUCUGCGGUAUCGGAACGGGCAAGUCGCUCUUCUUACCGGACUUGGACCAUCCCCAAGAUGAUUGCCGAGCUGGACAAGCGAGGAAUCCGCCUUUCGGCCACAGCCCGAAAGGCCGAAUUAUAUCACCUAUUGUUUCCUGAGCCAUCCACAGGGUCCACGGAGCAGAUCCCCAUGUCGACCAUACAGCUGUCACUAACGCAGCUACACGCCACGAUAAACAAUUUGUCCAGUUCCAUCUGUGACAUGAACACCAGGCUCCAGGCAGUCGAAAGCAGGGACGCUUCACCUGCCGCACCCUCCAGUCCCGCCCCUGGUCCUUCCACUUCCCAGCCAUCUUCCUCAGGUCAUGCCUCAAGCCGACAGAAUCGGGAUUCCACCCCCGGACUUCGGCUCUCUGAUCCUGGACUAGACAGGCACCUAGUCAUGGCUCAUACUCUCAUCCGCAAGUCCCUGUCCGAAAACUCCACAAGGAACUACCAGUCGGGUUGGAAAGCUUUCGAGGUAUUUCGUCACCUUCACCCCAGGGGCAACGUAAGCGAAACCGCUUUCAUCAUGGCUUUCCUGGCAUACUGCCACAAGGACCUACACCUCUCCUUCAGCACCAUCAGAUCGUAUCUGUCAGGAGUCCAGCAUCACCUCAUGAUCCGUCAGCCAGACAGCAACCCUAUCUUUUCUUCCCACGCCAUCAAAGCCACACUGCGGGGUAUUCAAAAAUGCUCUCACAAAUCCGGACCCGCCAGGCAACCCGUCUCAGGGGACCUGUUCAGGAAACUCUCAUCCUCCCUAGACGGCAGUCCUUUUGGCCCUUUCAGAAGCUGCAUUCUCAAAGCCGCCCUCUACCUAAGCUUCUACGGCUUUCUCCGGCCCGGGGAAUUCACCGGCACCUCUCCUCACAACUCAGGCCCGGCUCUAAACCAACUCACCCGUAGUCGCGAGCGUUUCACCUUCACCUUGCCAGUCUCCAAAACCUCACAAAUCGGGCCCCCAGUGCACAUAGGAUACUUCCCGACUUCCAACUCCUGGUGUCCCGUGGCCGUCCUCAACGGGUUACUCACCACACUGGGCAAUCGGGCUCCCGCCAGCCCUCUCCUUCCUUUCCCGUCACGACCUCUCACGUCCUCGCAGUUUGUCAAACACAUUCGCAGCCUCGCGUCCGGGUUUGGGUUCAACCCCCAGGCCAUCACGGGCCAUUCAUUCCGGAUCGGAGCCGCCUCCGCCGCCUCCAAACAUGGGGUCCCGGCCCAUAUCAUCCGUAAGAUGGGCCGCUGGAAGUCCUCUUGCUUCUCACGAUACAUCCCGCACCCGAAAGCCGAAAUCGCUGCGGCUUUCUCUGACUUAGUUCUGUAG